ACAAAAGAGACACAAGGCGUUUGUGUGGGAAUGUGUGUGAGAGUAAGAGGUAAAGGAAGUCUGGGUGGUUUACUGUGUAACAGUUCAGGAGUGCGCGCGCGCGUGUGUGUGUGUGUGAGAGAGUGAGUCAAUGACGCAGGAGUCUUUAUGUCUGUCUGUCUCUCACUCUCUCUCCUGAAUGAGCUGAUCAGACCCUGAACUAUUCCUCGAAGUCGAUGAACUAUAUGGAUGUGGAGGGAGGGAAGAGUGUAAUCGGACACACAUACACACUUGUCUCCUCCUCUCGUCUUGUUCUGAGUCAGAAGUCUGCCGGGGCUGAUAUGGCAACAUUGUAGCAACUUGAUUUUUAGCUGCAGCAACAGAUAAAAAAGCAGGACCGGUGGAUUCCAUGUGCGUUUAAUGUUGCAAGGUCUGCGAUGGUCGAUGGCAUCAUGAUCCUGCUGCUUGUGGCCUUGACGGUUUUACCAGCUGCCAGUGUGGAAGAUAAAGCCAUGGUGAAUGACUUUGAGUGUGUGUGCGAGGGGCAGUCAUGCAGCAGCAGCGGCCGCUGCCUUGGCCAGCAGUGCUUCUCUUCUGUCUCCAUCCGGAACGGGACGGCCCUGCGACAGAAGGGUUGCAUUGUGGGUAGAGAGGAAGAGGCGGUACAGUGCGGAAGCUCCCUACUGGAGUCUGGCGUCAUGGUGCAGUGCUGCCAGGGAACACUGUGCAACAGCAACCUGACUGUGGAGAUGCCAAGCUCAGAUAAAGACUCCAGGCUGCAUAUAUGUAAAUGUGAGGGAGCGGAGUGUACAAGUGGGGGCUUUUGCACGGGAGAGCAGUGUUUCUCCUCCGUCACCGUCGCUAACGGAAACCCGCAGCACCGUAAAGGCUGUUUCUCUGCUUCUCAGAAGGGCGGGGCUAACUGCGACACACCCAACUCACCAGAUAGCAUCAUUAGCUGUUGCACUGGAUACCUGUGUAACGCCAACAUUACAGUGGAGCCCCCUAAUAGAGACACGGAGACGAAACUGCUCCCGAAAGAGCAUGAAUGUGUGUGUGAGGGCCGUUCCUGUGUGAGCGGUGGGCGAUGUAGGGGGCAGCAGUGUUUCUCGUCUUUGACCGUAAGCGACGGAGUGCUCGUCCAUCAGAAGGGCUGCUUCACCGUGUACGAGCAGGGUCGCAUGACCUGCAAAACCCCGCCCUCACCUGACCAGAUCGUCGAGUGCUGCCAGGCUCACCUGUGUAAUAUGAACCUCAGCGUGGCUCUGCCUGUCAGAGUGGUGGAGGGCCCUAACUAUAGCGUAACAACGUUGGCCAUCGUGAUCGUGGCUCCAGUCAUUGUUCUUAUUAUCCUUUCAACGGUGGCCAUCUUGAUUUUCCGCCGGAUCCACCGUAACCAGAUGGAGCGGCUGACGGCCCGCGAUGCCGAGUACGGCACUAUCGACGGACUCAUCGCGUCCAACGUUGGCGAAAGCACACUGGCGGAUCUGUUAGACCACUCAUGCACAUCAGGGAGCGGUUCUGGACUGCCUUUCCUGGUACAGAGAACAGUUGCCAGACAGAUUACACUGAACGAGUGUGUGGGGAAAGGCCGUUAUGGAGAGGUGUGGAGAGGUCAGUGGCAGGGGGAGAACGUAGCUGUGAAAAUCUUCUCCUCCCGAGAUGAGAAGUCCUGGUUCCGCGAGACUGAGAUUUACAACACGGUGCUGCUGAGGCAUGAGAACAUUCUGGGCUUUAUUGCAUCUGAUAUGACCUCCCGUAACUCCAGCACUCAGCUAUGGCUGAUCACACAUUACCACGAGAUGGGCUCGCUGUAUGACUAUCUGCAGCUGAGCACGCUGGAUGCCCCGGCCUGCCUGAGGAUGGCGCUGUCCAUAGCCAGCGGCCUGGCGCACCUGCAUGUGGAGAUCUUUGGCACACAGGGCAAGCCGGCCAUAGCUCACCGAGACCUGAAGAGCAAGAAUAUUUUAGUGAAUAAGAACGGCCAGUGUUGCAUCGCUGACCUUGGCCUGGCUGUGAUGCAUUACCAGGACACAAAUGAGCUGGAUGUGGGGAACAACCCUAAAGUGGGCACCAAACGGUACAUGGCCCCCGAGGUGCUGGAUGACUCCAUUCAGGUGGACUGCUUCGAGUCAUACAAACGAGUGGACAUCUGGGCUUUCGGCCUGGUGCUAUGGGAAAUCGCCAGACGCACAGUCAGCAACGGUAUUGUAGAAGACUACAAACCGCCCUUCCAUGAUGUAGUGCCUAGUGACCCCAGCUUCGAGGACAUGAAAAAGGUGGUGUGUAUAGACCAGCAAAGACCCAACAUUCCCAACAGAUGGUUCUCAGAUUCUACUUUAACAUCCAUCGCCAAACUUAUGAAAGAGUGUUGGUACCAGAACCCUUCGGCGAGGCUCACGGCUUUGCGCAUCAAAAAGACUUUGACAAAAAUCGACAACUCUUUGGACAAAAUCAAAGCGGACAUUUGAACUCUUUUCAUAUGGAAUAUCCUUAAAGGCCUUUAUAAACUCCAGCGGAUGACUCGUCUGGAGAUCCAGGAAAUAAAAAAAAUAAAAAAAACAUAAAAAAGGGACCUCACGGACACAGUGUUCUCUUUGAGGCACAAUGUAUUUAUUUUGAAACGUACAGUGGGACACGUUUUGGCAUCCAAAGAUGGCACAGAGGGCAUUUAAAAAGACUGCAGAUAUAUGUGACCUAGCUUUUACAGAGACUGUUAUUUAAGCAAGACCUGGAAAGGGGAAAGUCGCUUUAGAUCUCCAGUUUACUUCUAACGCAGCUUUGAGUUUUAGAAAUGUCUGGAAAAGACGUCUUUCUUUUAGCAAUAUUGUCCGUGCUUCUUUUUGAUCAAUUGCACUGGCAGUCGCUGGCAUUCCUUACUUGCACUGUUAUGGAAGAAUUUGGAGAGGAAAAGAUGACAAUUUGCCAAAAAAAAGGCUGUAUUUUAUAUUCCACUAGCAUCAUAUCCUUAUCCAUUAUCAACCACAGAGAUAACGUAAGCAACUUUUAGUUUUAUGUUACAGUUGUUUUUUGUUGUUUUUGUUUACUUUUGCACUGCCGUUUACAGUAUAAGGAUAAAAAAAAGUGCAUCUCUGCCUUCUUUCAUGUCACUCGAGCUGUAAUUUAUUUAAGUUUUUGAACCAUACAAUAGCCACUCUGUUACUGUUUUGCCUGAGAUGUUUGUGUCACUGAUAUUUUUUUGUAUUAUUAAGCAUUUAGCUAUUUCCCUUUUGUUUGUUUCAUAAGCUUUAUGGACUAUAGAUGCUAAAGUAAAUAAAAAAAGAUUCUUAACUACAAAAAUAUUAGGCAAUGCCUGUAAACUGUUUAUAAUUUAAAUUAUGUGCACUGACCACACAACUUAAGAAAAAAAAAAAAAAGUCGGGUUGUUAAUAUUUCCUAUUUAAAAAAUAUGAUUUUACUGUAGUAAUUAAGGCAGUAUAGAUCUCACCCUAAACAAUUAUUCUGAUGUAUUGACUAGCGGAUUUCAUCCUAAAACAGUUUGACUGUUUUGACCAUUUUGCCUAAUUCUUAUAAGAAACACAGAGCUACAAAUCUCAUAAUUGGUAUUAAAUGCAUUAUAGAUUAGUGGUAUUAGAUCAUAAAAUAAGAAUCAAUCAGAAUUCAAUAUGAAAAUGUCAUCUGUUAUUACACUAGUUUAUCAGGGAAAGUGGAUAACUGUGUGUGUGUGUGUGUGUGUGUGUGUGUGUGUGUGUGUGUGGCUUUGGAGGCAUUUCCGAGUUCCACAUUUGUAAAAUUUGGAUUUCUUUAAGUGUAGUACUUCUGCUAUUAUUUGGUCUUUCUAUUUUCUAAUGCCAUUAAUAUAGUAUUGUCAUUUUAUGUAAUUAGUUUUUUAUUGUAGAAAGACAUUCAGUCUUUUCUGUGACUUUAACAAAUAGAUCUUACGUCAAGAUUUUAAGCAACUUUUUAUGCCUUCUGAACAAACAAUCAAAUAUAAUGCACACUCCACAGUGACUACGCCAACCAUAUUAUUGAUGCAAACUUAAGUGUGUCAAAAUAUAAGAUAAAAAAAAAUUUAUACACUUUGUUUGAAAUUAGUUGUGCUUUUCGGCAAAAUUAAGGUUUUUCCAUGUAAAAAAAAAAAAUCCAGCCAAAUUUGCAUUCCUUUGCAUGAACUUAUCAUCAAAACCUUUUGUACUGAGAGGAAAAAGAGGAAACGGACAAGAUAACAUUUUAUCUGUUAAAUGUGACUUGCUGUUUAUGGGAAGUGGUAAAGCCAUUGCAUAGAGGAUUAAGUUAAUUUUGAGAUGUACAGGCUUAUUAUUAAAUAUUAA